GCCCAGUUUCUCCCCUGAGCUCCAGGCCUACAACACCAGCUCUCUUUCCAACAUUUCAAACUGAAUGUCCUGGAUACAUACCUCAAACUUGGCAUAUUUGAAGUAAAAGUCAUUAUUUUCCACCCUCUAGUACCAACACACCCCUCUUCCAAACUUUCCUCUUUCUGUUAUAGGAACCACCAUUUUUUCCCUCUCUGUCUGCCGAGUCAUCCAGCUACCCCAGGAACCACCAUUUUUACAGACUUUCAGAGCCGUGUUGAAUGUCUCCACUUUGCCCUGGGAGGAGGCCUCUCUUUCUUAGGGAUUCAGAUUGGAGAUACUGUGUCUACCAAGGGGAUUCUUUUCCCAUUGUUUUGGAUCUUUGACUUCAUGGGAUGAAAUUCUGGCUAGUGAGAGCCAGCAGAAAGCCAGACCAGGGAAGUAGGGACAAGGUGUCUAUGAGGGUCAUCUGGUACUGCCAAAACAAGGAGAAACGGACAGAUAGACCUGGCUGAAGCAAAGAAGGGCUAAACCAAGUGAACUGGGGCGCAGCUGAACAACUCAGUUGUUCUGCCUUGGUAAGAAAAAAUCGUGGAACAUUGAAAGGAAAAUUCCCAAAGGAAUACAGAACCUAAGAUGAGGACUGAAGGGGAAAAAACCUACAGUAAAAUGAGAAGACAAAGGCUGGUGACAAUGGCAUCCCAGGUCCUCCUCCCAUCAAGGGUAUCUAUGCUGGGCAUAAUGCUUUGGCUGCUGGCAGCUGCAUACAUUUCUUCAUGCCUCAAUAAUCAUGUCCAGAAUCAGUUCUCACUGUCCAAUCCAGAGAAGAGCAGUGUUCAGGAAAAAAAGAAAGAGACAUCAACAGAGGAAGAACUUGACAAUGAAGACCUAGAUGUAUUUUAUCCCACAAACCAAUGGCAGACCCUUCAGCCAGGUCAAGCUGUGCCUGCUGGUUCCCAUGUGCGUCUGAAUCUGCAGACUGGAGAGAGAGAAGUAAAGCUCGCAGAUGGGGAAAAAUACCAAAAUAACUUGAAAGAGCAAAAAAAAGGCCAAAGGUUGGAUCUCAACACGCAUGGUUUCACAUCUCAGGACCUCAAGAGUGCUCUUGCAAAAUUCAAGGAGGGAGUAGGGGCUGAAAAGGAAGAUAAGGCCCGGCAGGAAGAGGUCAGGCGACGUUUCCGCCCUAUUGAAGAUCUGAAGAAGGAUUUUGAAGCAUUGAAUGUUGUCAUUGAGACUGACCUUCAGAUUAUGAUUCGGCUGAUCAACCAGUUCAAUAGCUCCAGCACCACCCUGGAAGAGAAAAUAACUGCUCUCUAUGACUUGGAAUAUUAUGUGCAUCAGAUGGAUAAUGCCCGGGACCUGCUCUCCUUUGGGGGUCUUCAGGUGGUGAUCAAUGGGCUCAACAGUACUGAGGACUUGGUGAAGGAAUAUUCUGCCUUUGUGUUAGGUGCUGCCUUCUCCAGUAACCCCAAAGUCCAAGUGGAGGCCAUAGAAGGUGGUGCCCUCCAGAAGCUGCUGGUCAUUCUGGCGACUGAUCAUCCUUUGGCUGUGAAAAAAAAGGUGCUAUUCGCUCUGUCAUCCCUCCUUCGGCAUUUCCCUUAUGCCCAGCAGCAGUUCCUGAAGCUUGGGGGCUUGCAGGUGCUUCGGAACCUGGUCCAUGAGAAGGGCAUGGAGAUGCUGGCUGUGCGUGUUGUCACCCUGCUCUAUGACCUGGUCACUGAAAAGAUGCUGGUGGAGACGGUGGAGCACGGCCAGGAUCCCCCGCCGGAGAAGGUGCAGCAGUACCGUCAGGUGUCGCUCAUGCCGGGGCUUCGGGAACAGGGCUGGUGCAGCAUCGUUUCCGGCCUUCUGGGGCUGCCGGACCAUGACAUGCGGGAGAAGGUGUUGCGGACUCUGGGCGCCCUCCUGGCCCCUUGCCGGGACCGCUACCGCCAAGAUGCGACCCUCAGCAGCACCCUGCGGGGCUUGCGGGCCGAGUACCAGGAGCUGGCGGCCCAGGAGCAGCGGGACGGGGAGGAAAACGGCUACUUUCAGGAGAUGCUGGGCACCAUCGACAGCUUCAUCCGGGAACUGCGGUGAGGCCGCCCUCGUGGCGGGCGCGGAAGGACCGACGGAGGCCCCGAGGCUCUUGUGGGCUCAGAGCCGAGGGAGGCUCUCCGCCUCCCCCUGUCGGCCAUUAAAUGGAGGUGUUGAGAGCUCA